AUGGCGCCGCCGCCGCCGAUCAACCUCACGAUAUGGUUUCUGGUCGACGCGAUUCUUGGGCAGCGCAUCUACUCCAAAUUCCUACAUCAUAGGCCGCUGUGGUGGGAUGACUACGUGCUCAUAUCUGCAUGGGUAAAUUCGGAUUCUGGCGAAGGAAGCGCGACGCCAAAGAGGACUGGCGAAUCGGUGCAGGCAUCCAUAAUCGCGGCAAGCGUCCUCGCGACCGUGCCCACGGUCUUCGGCUACGGCAGGCACAGCUGGGACGUCGCGCCCGCGGACCUGACCCGCGGCUGGAGGGCCGUCUGGGUCUGCAUCGCCACGCUCAACCUCGCCAUGGGCGCCAUCGCCGUCCUGCUCGCAGGAAUCACCUCCAUCGUCAAGAUCACCAAUAUCCACACGAUCGAAUCUGCCGGCAUAUUUGACGGCGUCGCGUUCGUCCUCUGGCCUAGUGCGGAGAGCACCAUCACCGUCGUGGCUGCCUCGAUCCCGAUCCUACGGGUCCUCAUCCGGGACGUCCCUCCGCUGCCGCCCCGGCUCGGCAAACUGGAGCCUUACUGGGUAUCCAACGUGUCGGGGCUCGGGACGGAUGUGCCAGGUUGGGAGAAGCAACUUCCUCGCGCCAUGUGA